GCACCUUCGUCUGGCGGUGAUGCUGGCCCAUCAGCAGGCGGUCGCGGGUCCCGACGCGGCGGCGGUCGCAUUUUGCCAGAGCAAACUACUGUGCUCCGUACAAAACCUACUAAUGUUACAUCUAAAAAAGGAAGCUAUGGUUAUCCUCUUGACUUGCUGGUUAAUUAUUUUGCUGUUGAAACCACACCGCAAUGGAGUCUGUAUCAAUACCAUGUGGAUAUUACUCCGGAGGAGGACAACACCGCUGUUCGUAGAGGUCUAUUGAAAAUUCACAGCAAGACCCUCGGCGGAUAUCUAUUUGAUGGGACUGUUCUUUACACAAUUAAAAGACUUCAUCCCGAGCCAUUAGAGCUAUAUUCCGAUCGCAGAACUGAUGGAGAAAGGAUGAGAAUUAUGAUAAAGCUAACAACUGCAGUGAGCCCGGGUGAUUACCACUAUCUACAAGUUUUCAACAUUAUCAUCCGCAAAUGCUUCCACUUACUGCAAUUGAAUCUUGUUGGAAGAGACUUCUUUAACCCUGAAGCUAAGGUUGACAUCCCGGAGUAUAAUCUGCAGAUUUGGCCUGGUUAUAAAACAACUAUCAACCAGUAUGAAGACAAGAUUUUGAUGGUUACAGAAAUUACUCACAAGGUCCUGCGCAUGGAUACAGUGAGUCAAAUGUUGAGGGAAUAUGCAAGUACGAAGGGAAACAACUUCAAAAAAAUUUUUGUAGAAGAUAUUACAGGUAAAAUUGUGCUGACAGAUUAUAACAAGAGAACCUACAGAGUUGAUGAUGUGGAUUGGAAAGAGACGCCCUUAUCCACGUUUAAAACGAAGGAUGGUGAUAUCUCAUAUGUCGACUAUUAUUACAAGAAAUACAACAUUCGCAUCAACGAUGUGCGUCAACCGAUGUUGGUGUCGCGUUCCAAGUUACGCGAGAUGCGCGCCGGCAUGCCCGAGCUGGUGUACCUGGUGCCGGAGCUGUGCCGCAUGACGGGCCUGUCGGACGCCAUGCGCGCCAACUUCCAGCUCAUGAAGUCCCUCGCAGUGCACACCAAGAUCGGCCCCGAUGUCCGCAUCAGAAAACUGCUCGAAUUCAACAAGCGAUUCAUUCAGAAUAAGGAAGUUGUUACUGAAUUGGCCACAUGGGAUAUGAAGCUGUCCAACAAGCUGCUGGGGGUGAAGGGACGUCAGCUGCCCCCGGAGAACAUUGUUCAAGGCAACAACACGAAGUAUCCUGCAGGGGAUACCACUGAUGGCUGGACCAGAGACAUGAGGUCAAAGCCUCUACUGUCAAUAGCGUCGUUGCCUUCGUGGGUGGUGAUAACUCCGAGCCGGCAGGAGCACGACGCCGCCAACUUCGUCAACAUGAUCAUGAGGACCGGACAGGGAUGCGGAUUUAAUAUGCCAAGACCUGAUAUCGUGACAAUACAACGCGAUGGACAAUCUGAUUACGCGGUGAUGUGCGAGGAAGUCAUCGCUAGGAAAAAUCCCGCUAUGAUACUUUGCGUUUUGGCCAAAAACUCCGUAGAGAGAUACGGUGCUAUUAAGAAGAAGUGCACAGUGGACCGCGCGGUACCCACGCAGGUCGUGUGCGCGCGCAACAUGACCUCCAAGUCCGCUAUGUCUAUUGCUACCAAAGUCGCUAUUCAGAUCAAUUGCAAGCUGGGCGGCGCGCCGUGGACGGUGGAGGUGCCGUUGAACGCGCUGAUGGUGGUCGGGUACGAUGUGUGCCACGACACGAUGAUGAAGCAGCGCAGCUUCGGCGCCUUCGUGGCGACACUGGACCGCCAGAUGACGCAGUACUACUCCGCGGUCAACGCGCACACCUCGGGCGAGGAGCUUAGCUCCCAUAUGAGUUUCAACAUCGCCUCCGCCCUAAGGAAGUUUAGAGAAAGGAAUGGUACCCUGCCUUCGCGCAUUUUCAUCUACCGCGACGGCGUCGGCGAUGGACAGAUUCCCUAUGUUCAUACACAUGAGGUGUGCGAAAUUAAGAAGAAACUCAACGAGAUAUACGGCGGUGCUGAGGUGAAGAUGGCCUUCAUUAUUGUAUCAAAACGCAUCAACACGCGCAUCUUCCUCAACAAUGGCCGCGGAGAGAACCCGCGACCCGGCACCGUUAUUGACGACGUUGUUACACUGCCUGAAAGAUACGACUUCUACCUGGUAUCCCAGAAUGUUCGAGAAGGUACAAUUUCACCGACUUCAUACAACGUCAUUGAGGACACGACUGGUCUUGAUCCAGACCGCAUACAACGUCUGACGUACAAGUUGACGUACAUGUACUUCAACUGCUCGAACCAGGUGCGCGUGCCCUCCGUGUGCCAGUACGCGCACAAGCUGGCCUUCCUCGCCGGCAACAGCCUGCACAACCAGCCGCACUACUCGCUCACGGAGACACUCUACUUCCUCUAAACUCUACUGGCACGCACUAAGGUUCCUUUAAUACAUCGUCCAAUGGAAAACUAAACAACUGCUAAUUUUCUAAAAAAAAAAAAAAUUUUUGGUCGAGUGAUAUCUUGAAUGUCUCAAAUUGUUGCAAAAAUAUAGACAUUUUUGUGUUCCCGGUGGUAGCUUAUAAUUGAUUAAAAACAAUAGCUAUAAGGAACGGAUCUAGAAUAUAUAAAAAUGUCGACAGUUAAAUUAUUUUCCCCUCGUGAUAAAAAAAACAGUAAAUCGAAUCUUAGAAACUGUGAUUUUGAAGUUGUUUAGAUUUCCAUUGGGACGACUGAGGUUCAAGGUCAUUUACGCCACAUAAUAUUCAGAGCUGAUAAUAUUUGACCUCUAUUGAUUACCCACCGGGAUUAUUAUCUAUAGUUUAAGAACAGACAACAUGGUUGUUAUAAUUUUAUUUUUGUUGUACUGAACUGAACACUUCAUCUAAAUUUAUAGUAUUAUGACCAUUGAAGAUGCUGUUUACAGUUUACUAAAGGAAUCCCUUGAAUUAAUUCUCAUAUCAAAUUUACACUAAAGGGCUUUAAUCUUGUCGUUAGCAAUUUUUAGACCCCUACCACCCCUCUGUUCAUAAUAUGUACAUUUAUUUUCUUGGCAGCUGUAAUUUUUUUUAAUAAAUGACAAGUUCAUUUUAUGCACAAUAGUUAUUGACUUAUUUCAAAAUUAUAUGACAGCAUAUUGAGAUAUAAUACUUGUAAUAUUUAGAUCAAAAUGUUACAGUUCAGUUAUGUUACUCUAGAAGUAAAUGAGUCUCCAUUUUUGUUUUAAGUUUUUGUUUAGUGUUAAAAUUGAGAUUAGUAUUUAAGGUGCAUUGGAUUUCGUUGAUUGUUUUGUCGAAAUCUUCGGCUGUUUCUUGUUAAUUAUAAAUUGCUCUGUUAAGUAUUAAAAAGACAGUUGUUUUCGUCCAUUAUUGAAUUUUUUAGAUUAUAUUUACUACAAUAACUUCAAUAAAGCAGCGAGAGUUUUGACUAUUCUCUAUAUGUCCUAAAAUGCAUUUAUUAAACAUAUUUUUCUAUUGCCUUUACUACUGUAGUUUUUGUAGCAUUUGUAACUUGGUGAUCAACUUACCUCUUACUUAGUUAUAGACUAUGUUAAGCAUAUGCUCAGUUCUGUCAGUUAACUUAACAGUUCGAAUGCUUGUCCGUAAAAUGAUAACUAUUCAUUAAAAUAUAGUUAAAAUUCUAUCUAAAAAUUCACACUGUCGACAAUUGAACUGUUCAGUUAGAACUGAGGUUCUGUAGCCACCUCUAUGACUAAUUUGUGUCUCGGACCUCAAAUAAUUGCCAUAUUCGGCAGAAAACUGAUUUUGUUGUUAUUUUUAGCUGUAAGUUAAAAUAUGUACAAUGUAAACUCUUUAUAACAGAACUGUUACCUUUUAGUUAUGAAAAGUUGCCAUAUUGAAAACUAAUUUCUUUUAAUUUGAAGUCAUACAGAAGUAGUUUUUUUUUUCAUACUAGAAACUAAUAAAUGCCAAAGUUAAUAGUGAACAAUUUGUUUUUAUAAAUUUUUAAGGCGUAAAAAAUAAGCACAUUUAUUUUGGAUUCUAAAAACAACCAAAUUUCAUCUUUAUAGCUAUUUUUAGUUAUAAGGAGUGACGUUAAAAAUAAUUUACAUUGUAUUUGAUAUACUUUGAGUGAUAACACUCGCUUACGUAUUAGUUGCGACUUAAAUAUAUUUGUUAUGUCGACCAGAAAUAUAAAUAUGCAGUAAUGAAUGAUGUGGUUUGUUGGGCUUUGUUGAGGACAUAGCACGAAAAUUUAUGAGAAAGUAUAACUUCGACAAGAUUUACAUUUGAAACACCUAAGGCAAAUUUUGUCAAUGUCCUUAAGAAUACUUUCUCGCAAAUUUUCGUGUUACUCUGUGGUUUUGAAUAAAAAGGUGCUGGAUACAUUCCAAUUGAUGCUAAAAGUAUCGUAAGAAUGGUGAAAGUCGGAUCUAACGCAUUCAUACUGUUUAUUUUCUGGUCAACUAUAUUAUGAAUGUCUUUCAAUAUAAGAUUUAUCACUUUUCUAAGUGAA